AUGGUUUCUCUUCCUGCUCCUCAGUCCGAGUCGCCAACGACUGUGAUAUCCGCUAGGCAGUUUACGGGCCAACCUCAGUUCGAAAGAUGUAUUGUUGAGAAUAUAUGCCAAGAUCGACACUUUCAAGAACUUAUGAUUACUGAUGUACCCCGGGGAUGGGAGGCUUUCUUGUGGGAAAUCGAGGAGAGUCUCCAGGAACCCGGAAAUCAUACGACCCCGUGGAGGCUACCCUACGGGUCAUGGUUCGGUCCACGCCUGCUCAUGAUGUUGGUGGUUAAGAGCUCCGCAACUAUUGAGAUCGAAAAUGGUCCAUAUCGUACCUAUGAAAAGGAGCCGGCUGCGGUAUUCCGCCUCUACCCGCAGAUUCUUCCAACCUUGGUUGUCGAUAUUUGUUGGUCCGAGUCCUACCCAGCCCUCCACAAUGAUAUGAAUCGAUUACUCGUCGGUAGCAAUAGUGAUAUUCGGAUCGUUAUUAUCAUCAAAUGGAAUAGACAACCCAAUAAUGUCACCGUUAGCGGAUCCCUCGAGCUCUAUCGGACCGACUCACAAGGAUUCCCUCGACUAGAUCAGACGGUGAUGAUAUUUCCGGUUCCCUCUAGUACAGAACAU